UCGAGCUGUCAUUUAACUUUUGUUUACGUUCUGACAGAAGCUGUAAAAGUUCAAAAUAAUUUUAAAAUCAAAAUAAAUCCUUACCUUCUAUCAAAAAGUGAUCUCAAUUAAAUUUCCGCAAUGGACAUCACAAAAGUCACCGAUGAUGAGAAACUCAAAUUGUGCAAAUGGUAUUUCAUGGUCGGAUUCCUUUGCUUACCUUUCGUAUGGGCUGUAAACUUCUGUUGGUUCUUCGACAUUUCAUUCCGCAGCAAAACUGAAUUAAAUGACCAACAAAAAUCUAUCAGGAAAUACACAGUUUUGUCAGGAAUUGGAGCCUUUUUGUGGCUAUCAGCUGCGAUUAUUUGGAUGGCAGUUUUCCAACGAUAUCGAGCUGAAUGGGGAGAAUUUGCCGAUAAUAUUAGUUUUAUAAUUCCUUUAGGAAAAGUUUAAAUUAAAAAUAAAAAAAAAAUAUCAAAAAAAUUAUAUCUCAUAAGACAUAAAAAUUAAAAUUAAUUUAUACUGUG